AAUACAGCCGAGCCAAAGCACUUGUCUGCGUGCCCGUGGACGUGACAGAGACCUUGAGGUGUUUUAGAGAGACACUGGAAAAAUCCAAAUACCAUAACAGAUCAAUGCGACACAGCAGAAAGUUGCUUUCAUUAUUUCUUGCACAGACACAAGAUGUUCUCCAAGCCAGCAAUCAAAGAAGUCUUAAAGUUCAGGCGUUGCAUUCACUUGGAAGUCUUCUCAUCUUCGCAGAAAAGAAAAGGGCUGCUUUUAAGUGUUGGUGUCAAGCUCUUGAUGACAUAUUCAGAAAACCAGACGUGCUGCACACGUGGAAAGAAUUUGGCCCCUCGCUCACCAAUGUCACCAACAGCCAUUCACCUCUGGGUUUCAAAGACUACAGUGAGGAGUUUCUGUCAAGAGUUGGCAUCUGGGGGUGUUUGCAAGGAGCAGUCAUAUCAGCAAAGAUAGCACAAUUUAUUAAGUCAUUGAAUGUUGAAAAGAAAACUGACUGUUGCAUUUUGUCUGCAUUACUCUUUCAGGGUUUGCUUAGAACCACACUUCCACAUCCCAAAGCUGAACGUUGCUAUGCUCAGUAUGAAAUCACUCAGCUUCUCCCAGGCAUCGAACUCUUCUCAGAUAGAUACAGGGCUGACAUUUGCUCUGUAACUGCAAGUCUGUAUUACAUUAUACGUGAACUGCACUUUGUUAGGCAAAAUCUAAUAAUUCUUCCUCUCCUUGCAUUGUAUCAAUAUUUUGUUUCUGGAAUUUGUCAAGAUAUAAUCAGAAGUCUAGAAGCAAGAAUCCUCAAGAUAGAAGUCCUUAUAGAUUUGAGAUUCUUUUCUGAAGCCUUUUAUGAGAUAUCCCAAAUUUUCUAUGGAAAAAACAUGCCUUGUUCAAUACCCGCAGGCUAUAAAGCUACUGGAAAAACGAAGAUAUUUCAAUCAUUUGACUCAGGAAAACCUCUUACCAGUAAAGAAAAUAUACAGGCAAUGGAUGAAUUAAGAAAUAAAGGCUUGCCUGCAGUUCUGGUUACAAUUGGCCAACCGCAUCUCUUAAAUAAGUUUAAUUUUGUUAAAGCAUACUUUUUCCUAAGUGUGGCUGCGACAAUAAAUUGUGUCCCAGAAAAUAAAUUUAAGACGGUAAUUACCGACAGGAGCAAACCAAACCUACCAAACUUGAAAGAGAUAUAUUCAAAGGAUGAUGGAAGUUCAUUUUAUAAUCUUACAAAACUUAAAGAUGAGACCACUCUUAGCAUGCUAAAGUCGAUGUUACUGAUGGAAGCUGAGGACAGGUUAAACUUCCUUCUGUCCGAGGUGGAACAGAAGAGCCUGUCUCAGUGCUCCGCUGGCGAGCUGGAGAUUGUGGUGGAGGCCAGGCUUCAGCUGGCUGCAGUUGCUCUGCAGAGGCACCGGGCAGCAUACAGUGCUGCAAUAGUAUUUUCUACACUUAAACUUCUCCAGGAUUCAAAACUUUUUAAAAAGAAGGUAGUACAGGAUGACACAGAGAAUCCUGUCUCUCCAGGAACUUCUGCCACUGAAAAUAAAGAUGACAAUGAGUUUUUAGAUCCUAUUUCCCUAAAUGCCCGAGAAUAUUUCAACAUUCAUCUGUGGUUGAGGUGCUGCUUAGCAUUGGUGACUGCGUUUGUUGCACAGAUUCAUGGCAUUGGAAUUAUGAAAGAGGAUGAUAUGACAGAUUGCCUGAGCCUCAUCAAUGAAGUGUGUAUGGAGGCAAAAAGUGCAGGCGACACGGAACUGCAGGCUGAAUUCUUGACGCAAGCUGUAAUUCUUGGCCUACAAGAAAAGCAUUUAAAGGCAGACAUCAUAACAAACCUUCAGGAUAUAAUACAUUUGCUGGAAGGAAAUGAAUUUAUUUCUCCUCAAUCACGGCUAACCCUGGCAAGAAGCCUAGUUUUGCUGGAUGACUUAACCAAAGCUGAGAAAUUCAAGGAAUCUCCCUUUUCAAAAACAGGAAAAUUAAAUUUGUUGACUCGGGCUCAUCGCAUUCUAACUGAACAGAUGCUAACUUUUGGAGAAACAAUUGAAUUUUGUUCAUCAAACACUAAAUAUGCAAAUCCAUUACAGCCUUUGAAAAAUAUCUAUCUUCCCCAUGUCAUGUUAUUGGCCAAAGUCAAAAUGAGAAUUGGACAUACAGUGGCCAAGCAAGUAUAUUACAAGAAUAAAAGGAAGGACCCCUCGAAGUGGUUACCUGCUCUUCGUCUGUUUGAUGAGGCACUGAAGCUCUGUAGAACAACAGCAGUGGAGGAACAUGAGGUGGAAGCUGAAAUCCUUUUUCAGAAAGGCAAAAUAGAACGUCAAAUACUAAUGGAAGAGAAAUCUCCAAGUUUUCAACUUGAGAGUUUAUAUGAAGCUAUACAACUAAGCCUGAAAAAUGAUCAAAACUCAGGAUUGAUAAGAGACUCCUACCUAGAAAUGGCUCUAUUGUAUUUUCAUCUGAAGAAGCCAAAGAUAAAAAUUUCAGGAUCACCGUUAACACUUAAGCCUCCUCUCAGAAGAAGUAGUUCUGUUAAAGAAACAUCAGCAAGUAAAUUUGAAAUGUACAGUUCAUUAGCCUGGAUUGCAAUAAGAGCUGCUGCACAGGUCAGUGAAGCUGUGCUGGCAAUUAACUUACUUAUUGGAAAGAAGAAUACUAGAACCCAUAAAGUUAACCAAGUGGCAUUACCAAAUAUCCCAGAAUUUGCUGCUCUGGAUCUUUUGUCUUCAUAUACAGAUUAUUUGCUUGGUAUGUUUGGAGAUUUACAUAUUAUGCAAAAAACUGGCAUAUGUAAUAUAGAAUCAAGUUUCAAAGAUUUAAUUAUAAUCUACAACUACCAAGUCCUCUUCCAGACUUCCUGUACAUUUUUGUACCAAAAUGAUGAUGUGUGUGACAGCACAGAUGGUAGAAAAAAGACUCAGACCAAAGUGGAUAUUACAUGGAUCCUUCUACUGCGCUACUAUAUUCACCUUCAGAGGAUUAAUAAUCUGAGCAAACUGCUAGCAUCUGCAACACCAGUAUCUGGAAUUUCUUUGCCAGAUGAUACACUUCUCACAUCCCUUUACAACUCUGAGUUGAUUUUGCGCCAGAAAGAAGUGCAUUUUUUCCUUAAAAAAUUCUUACAGCUGUAUUCUUCUUCCUGUAUUGAUGAAUUUCCAAAAGAACUUCUUUGUCAACUGGAAAAUCCCUGUCUUUCAGAAAAAGAAUUAUGUGAAUCAUCUGCCAAGUUGUAUCGUGAUAGUUCUCUACAAUCCAUUUUAUCUUUUAAGCCUGUUUCAAGCUCGUCUUGUGUGGAAAUAAUGCCAAUAGAAAUGGUAACACAAGCUUCAAACAAAGAACUUUGCUUUCAGUGGUACAUUCCUCCCUUGGAUAGACCUCCCAAGGAGACAGAACCUAUGGUUUUAUUGUUGUAUGCAUAUAAUUUGAAGCCUGUGAAGAUUUCAGAUGUUAGACAUUCCACUUGUAACAGUACAUGUGUUGGCUCUUUAUGGAUUCCACUGAAUAGGGUUAUUGCAAUUCAUGAGAAAUUAUCUAAUCUUGCUCAAAUAGCUGAAAUAUCAUUGCCUGCAGCUCCUGAAAUUACCUCAAAUGAAAAUAUGUAUGAAAUGGAAGUGGAAGAGGAAUCAGUUGAUAAUGAAAUGGAAACUGAAAGCAUACCUUACCUAAGCACUCAGUUGGAAAUACAGAUCCAUAAAGGGUAUAUAGGAGUGGAUGUGUGUUCCUCUCUAUCUGGCAAAGUGGACCAGGGGCCUGGCAAGAUCCGCACAGGACACUGGUGUACCCUGACUAGUGCUGGGUAG